AUGACCGACUCCAAAGAUCACGCGCAACCAGCUCCGUCGGAAUCAAAUCCGUCGCUCAGCCAUAUUCCUCGCCAGCCGUCAUGGACCGGAUCAGUCGACGACAAUAAUACCGAUCCAUCGCCUCUGCACGGACGCAAGAGGUCUGCCGAUCAUCUGCCGGCAGAACCCCAUGUUUCGCGCAAGGGCCGAGCCUGUCUGGCCUGUCGCAAACUGAAAGUCAAGUGUGACAGUCUGGAACGAGGUGACGCCGGUUGUUCGAGAUGUCAGCGCCUGGGUCUGGACUGUAUUACCUCGAAGCGGAUGAGAGUAAGUCUGGACGAUGAUGGCGAGAACCCUCACCCGUCAAUUGUUCGACUGGACAGAGCCGUGGAGGACAUUCUGUGCCGGCUGAAGAUGCCCCCAUUGGAGGCUUACUCUCGCACUCAUCCAUCCCAACACCUGCAGCCACCACCACAGCCCAUUCCUGCCGAAUCCAAUGCACAGACGACGCGGGAAAACUCACGCGAGCCGAACGCAGAAGAUGCGCACGAGGUCGCCCCCGCGCCAAUGGGCAGCUUGUACGAGGUCACUCAACUGAACACCCUGCGAAGCCGUCUAAAGUAUGGCGAUCCGGCGCGUCGUAACUCCAAGAAGAACAUGGAGAACGACCUUAUCUCUAUGGGCGUUAUCAGUGUCGAAGAAGCGGACGAGAUGUUCAGCUUGUUCAAGACCACCCUCUCCCGCUAUCUCUUCGACGCCACCAUUCACGAAUCCCGCUCUUUGCUCUCCGUUCGCGAGUCCUCGACCCUGUUCUUUACAGCCAUGAUCACCGUCACGUCGCUCCAUAUCCCAGGCAAGGAGAAGAUCCACGCGUCGGCCCACAAGCAUCUGAGGGACCUUAUCGCCGCCUCUUUCUUCGACCGCUUCCACACCCUCGAGGACAUCCGCGCCCUCUGUAUCGCAGCAUUCUGGCUUCCCGAUCUCAGCUGGAAACUUUCUGGACAUUGCGUGCGCAUGGCGACCGAGCUGAAUCUGCACCAGGCCUUCUUCAAAGCCUUGUACUCGCAAAAGCAGUCGGCAAGUGACCGCGAACAUGCCUUCGAGCGGGCCCGAUUGUGGUAUCUCCUUUACGUCCUCGAUCAUCACUUCAGCAUCGCGUACGGUCGACCACCGGUGACGGCGGAACUGCAAGCCAUCAAAGAGUACGACGUCUUUCUCAAUGCCCCCGAAUGCACGCCCUCAGAUCGAAGGGUUCUCUCGCAGGUUACGCUGUUCAUCAUCCUGAGUAAAGCGUACAACCACUUUGGCUUGGAAGCCGAGAGAUUGAUGGAUGGAGAUGAUGUCACUCUUCUUACCCACCAGCGCUUCAUCGAGGAUCUACACCGUUGGAGAUACCAGUUCCGACAUGCGUUGAAUAGGGACGUGCAUGUGGGAGAUUAUCCUGCCGUUGGCGUUGAACUCCACUACAACUUUGCGUCGAUGAUGCUCAACUCGCUCGCCCUCCGGGGUCGCUCCCUCUUCACCAUCUCCUCCACAUCCACCCUGCCCACGUCACUGCGGCCCCUGGCGUCCCAGGCCAUUUCCUCGGCGCACCAGAUCCUGACCAUCGUGCUCGAAGAACCGUCCAUCCGUGACUCCAUGGUCGGCGUGCCCCUCUACCUGCACACCGUGAUCGCCUUCGCCGUGGUCUUCCUGAUCAAGAUGUCGAGCCGGUGGACGGGCAUCGGCGUGACCAUCGACCCGGAGGCCAAGACCAAACCGCUCAUCGAAAAGGUCAUCGCCUUGUUCCGCAGCUGUCAUGCUGGGAAGGGACAUAUCCUGUACGCGAUGGCCGACGGGUUCGAGAGGCUGCUUAGACGGAACAUGGUGGGCACCGAUCAGCUCGGAAGGACCGCCGGCGCCGGCGGGGAAAACGGCACUGCGGAUGGGUAUGCGUCCCUCGACGCCGCGGCCGCCAUGGGUGGUGGCGGUGCGCGACAAAACGGCGCCAGCAGGGACACGCCCUACGCAUCGCAGCACAUGCAGGGACAACAACCCUAUCGCGCCCCGCACGCGGACUUGUACGGCUCGUCGUCCCAAGGCAACACGCCCUCCCUGCUCCCGCCACAGCACACCACCACCUCUCCCACGCCAUUCACGCCCACCGGCGGCGCCGGUACCCAGCAGCAACAACAACAACAGCAUGCCAACGGCGCGGGCGCCGGCGCCAACUUCGACCCCUACGCCCUCUCGCCGCACUCCCAGCCCACCUCCACCUCCGCGGGCACCUUUGGCGGCUGGCAGACCGAGGACGACAUGCUGUGGAGCAUGGGCAUGGGCUACGACCUGCUCGCGACCGCCCCGGACGUGAAUGCCCAUGGCCUGGGGGCGUUUGUCGGGUGGCCUGGCGGUGGUGGCGGCGGCGGUGGUGGAAGCAUUGAUUCAUACACGCAGGGCUUGUGA